CCAGGGACUAACCCUUGCCCAGCUCCACCCUUGCCCUCAUGCGCACCGACAAGCUGCUGUGUGCUCUCUUGCGCGACGACGCGUCGGGCGCCAGCCGGCCCGUCGUGAUACUCGAGAUCCUCGACGCCGACUUCUUUCAGCUCCGCGCCACGCGCUGCCUCGCCUUUGAUCCGCAUCGACUCCUUCCCGACCAAGUGCAGGCGGAGCGGUGGCGGAGCGAGUUCACUGCACACGGCCUAUGGGAGACAUUUGGCGCUGCGGCGAGACAGAUUCACAAGACGGUGUUUGGCACCGACUGCGUCAAUCCCGAGGACGACUACAGCACCUACGUCGUGCCUCUCGACGCGGCCGCGGCAGACUUUCCGUGGCGCGACAUCGGCCGCCGCAGGAGCAAGGAGACGCGCCGAGGCGAGCAGCACGACGCCGUUUACACGCCGCAACUGGCGCUGACGCCUGUGGCCACCUUUGGCGACGACGAGGGCGAGGAGGCGGGUGAGUACCGCAGCGACGGCGGUUGGAUCAGUGUCAGCGCCGGACGGCCGUACGUCCCGCCGCACUUGAGCUUGGAGGAGGCGACCGAGAGGCUUCGCAGACACAUGCCCAAUGGCCGGUACGUGCCCAAGGUGCGUCCACGAGACCGCUUUCUUCCGGGCGAGAAGAUGGAGGGCGAGGAGCUGCGCAAGCGGUACGCG